ACUGUAGUGAAGCUUGCAGCUAAAUAACACUUGUGCUAACAAUACAUAUUUGACCCUUUCAAACAAAUUACUCAUCAAAUUUAUCGUUAAUAAUCUCGGGAAUGUUGUGUUCAUUUAAAUAUUUGAAAUUUUCUGUAUUAAAUCAUUUAAAAAAUUCAGUAAAAAGUAUCAGGUUAUUUUUUAUAUUUGAAUCUAAGUGAUUGUUGUAGAUUUUAAUUCAAAUUAAUUGAGGUUAAAAAAAUAAUUAGAUAAUAUUUUUAAAUUAAAAUAAUUUUUUGAAAUAGUGAUCAAUAAAAUAUUAAAUAUUAAGUGAUUAAAAAUAUACAGUGAUGACAAUUAGUUUGAAAAAAAAAUAAAAAAAAACGCAGAGAUGGUUCAUGAAAAUGCUACGUGAGUUCCAGUCAGUAAAUAGAAGAUUCCAGACAGUGAAUAAAAAAAAUGACCAAGUCUUCGAAUCAGAAAAAAUAAAAUAACGUUGGGGCAAGGACGAGUCAAUCAAUUGGGCGGCGUAUUCAUCAACGGUCGACCACUGCCGCAUCACAUUCGUAUCAAGAUCGUUCAGAUGGCUGCAGCUGGUGUGAGACCUUGUGUAAUUUCCCGGCAACUUCGCGUAUCCCAUGGCUGUGUAUCCAAGAUACUCAACAGGUACCAGGAAACAGGAUCCGUUAAACCUGGAGUAAUUGGUGGCAGUAAACCGCGCGUCGCUACUCCAGAAGUUGAAGCCAGAAUUGAAGAUCUCAAACGUCAGAAGCCUGGAAUUUUUUCAUGGGAAAUUCGCGAUCAAUUAAUAAAGGAUGGAGUCUGCGAUAAAACAUCGGCACCAUCGGUAUCAAGUAUAUCUCGUCUAUUACGUGGACCAACAAAUCAAACACGUCUCGGUGAUGACCCAAGACGUAAUCAUUCUAUUGAUGGAAUUCUCGCAGGUGGUAGCAGCGGCGAUGACUCCGACACCGAGAGCGAGCCGGGAAUUACACUCAAGAGGAAGCAAAGACGCAGCAGAACAACAUUUACUGGAGAACAGUUGGAACAGCUUGAAGCCGCCUUCCACAGAACCCAAUAUCCCGACGUUUAUACUAGAGAAGAACUGGCUCAAAAAACGAAAUUGACAGAAGCACGAGUGCAAGUAUGGUUUAGCAAUCGACGUGCGCGUUUACGUAAACAACUCAACAGCCAGCAGUUGAAUGCGUUUAAUACGAUGAGUCUUCAAUCCUUCCAAACUCAGCACGGAUAUCCAAGUGGUGCCGACAGCUACCAAAGCUACGGUCAGGCCUCAGUAGCUGCGGCUGCAGCAACCACAGCGGGGUAUCCUCAACACUACAAUUACGGCGAAAACUACUACAGUGCUGCGCAGCAACAGUGGCCUCGAGCGACACCAGAAAACUAUGGACUUUUUAAUAGCUCGCAUUAUGGAAGUACAAACCUGACAUCAAAUUUAUCACCGAGCAAUCUAAAUCUCGGAGGCCUGGGCGGCAACGUCAGUCCGACAGGUUCUAAUAUGAGUGCUUGUAUGGUCCAAGGGACAACAACUACUGUAUCAAACGGAAUGGGCCACCAUCAUCAUCACGUGACACCUCACAGCCCGAGUGAAGCCAAAAGCGGUUAUCCAUACCUUGGUGCUAUUGAUUCACAAGUUUGCGGCCGAGUACACUGAACUUUAAUUAAUUAACUGAAUAACAAAUUACACUGUAAAUUUGCGGAGUAAUCGCGGACUGGAUGACUGCGUAUUUAUUUAAAAUUUACUUCGGAAGUUUAUUUUAAUACUAAAACUCCGUAUCGGAGUGAGUGAGGAUUUAAAUAAAAUCCAGUUCCGCAGUAAAAAUAAACUUCCGGUUUACUCCAUAUGCGGAGUGAUUUUUUUUAAAACUCCAAGUGACGGAGUCAAUUCGGAUUUAAAUAAAAUCCGUAAUCACUCUGAAGUCACUCCCGAUUUUUACAGUGUAACAAAAUAAAAUAUCAAUAAGUAAUAAAUUAAUAAUUAACAGACUAACUAGAUUUAAUUUUUUAUAUAUCUAAUAACUUAACAAUUGUUGAGAUACCAGUGACUUAUUUAUGAAUUUAAUAAUUAUAUUAACUGAUUGAUUAGACAUAGAAAAUUUACCACGAGUGCCUUGAUAUUAUCUUUUAAUAAUAAUUAUAACAAAUUUAUCAAUGCAACGAUAUAUAAUUAAUGCAA